CAACCUGCCAAGUCGUGCAGGUGUUGGCAAACGGUUGUUGCCAUCCACGACCGACUUCGUCCGCGGAUAUUCCCCCGGGGAAACGAGUUCGCGAGAGUACGAGGAUUCGUGGAGCGCGAGGAACGCCGGGGAUCGUGCUGCCUCACCCCUUUUUGCACCGGAUCGCGGUAUCACGGGUGCCACGGCGGGAAAACGGGCGUGUGUUAAAAAGCCGUGUUGCCGUAGAAGGGCUGCGAUUUAUGGAACCACCCCAUGGAUAGUAACAUGUCGACUGCCGCCUUCAUGCACCGGUCGGGUGGUGCAUCCGGCACAGCCAGUGCUGGUAUGCUUCCAUCGACCGGUGGAGGUCCUGGGAACCCAACUGGAGGCGGCAGGAUGGCCGUCAUCGGUGUGACCAGGAAUGUGAGGCUGAGACGACGAGGAGCGUCCGGAUUCGGCUUCUCUCUUCGCGGUGGCAGAGAGUACGCGGCUGGAUUCUACGUGAGCGACGUGCAACCAGGAAGCGAGGCUCACAGAAAUGGAUUAAGGGUCGGGGAUCAGAUCAUAAGGGUGAACGGGUACCCGGUGGAGGACGCCGUCCAUCAGGAAGUCGCGCUUCUCGCGAAGAAUCAGCAAGUGCUCGUCCUCAAGAUACGAAGCGUGGGAAUGAUUCCUGUGAAAGACAACCCGAACGAUCCGGUCACUUGGCACAUGGUGCAGCAGCAACAGCAGCAGCUACAGUACAACGAAACUGGUUUGGGCGCCGUUCCGAGCACCGAAGUCAGGAUUCGAAUUCUCGUCGGCGAGAAGGGUCGCCUCGGGUGUGGCGUUUGCAGAGGCAUCGUGCCAGGCCUCACUGUUCAGGGUACCAGAGACGACGGCCCGGCCAGAGCAGCGGGCUUGAAAGCCGGCGACGUUAUAAUUUGGUGCAACGGUCAGCGGCUCACCGAUCUUCCGUUCGAGAGAGCCAUCGACGUAAUGAGAAGCUCAGCCGUUCUCGACCUAAUAGUGCAACGACCCACGCCGAAUCACCUUUACGACUGCCCCGAACCACUAUGGACCCGAGGCUCGAGUGGUUACGACUCUGAGACAUCGAGUGUGGCUGCAGCCAGUCCGCAGCCUCAGAAUCCUUCCUAUUCGCCGCAGCAUUAUCACGACCCCAGGAUGCACCACCGAUAUCCCCGCGACGAUGCCUGCAACCGAAAUGGAAGAAUCUGCUGCCCACUUGCUCUGUCCACUAGCAGUUGCAGCUCCACGGAAUGGGCUCACAUGGAUCAGGCUCAGGAGUGGACUCGUAAACCAAAUAACACUACGGUGAUCCGUAUCAAUCAGAGUCAGAACCAAAACCACAGGUUCAUCGGCACACCGGGUCGCCCGAACUCCCGUGGCAAUUACGAGGAUGAAAUCGACAACGAGCCUCUGUACGACCCAGUGGCGCCAAGAAUCGACUAUCAAGUUCACGACUUUGACGCCAAUCCGAGAGACGAGGCGAAUCGACGCCUGGCUUAUCGGAGAGAUAACAUUCGGCAGCAGGACGUCAUUUACGACGGCCCAGCCGACGACAUACCGCCCUAUCAUGCAUCCAAAGAAAAUGGCACGCAAGAGGAAGACAGGAAGACGAUAACGACCGUGGAGAUUCACCAAACAGUAUGUCCGCCAGCACCACCGCCACCACUGCCGUACAAAUGGUCCGCAGACACGAAGCCAAUGAAUGCGAAGGGCAUGCAAAUGGGUAGCACGAUGUCCAUGGGCAGCACAGGCUCGACGGAAACCGAGUCGAGCCUCGAGUCUUCCUGCAGCAAGGAUUCGGCCUCGACGUCGUCCUCGUUGUCCACGUCGUCCUGCGAUCCACGAUCCACCGUCUCCUUCGGAUCCAUCACUGCCGCCUCCACCGGGACCAAUAAAACCAACGACACCACGGUCACCGCACACGCAACGUCCCGCAAUUGCGCCACAAGGACGUCGCCGAUCGCCUGCACUGAUCUCAGCUCCGCCAUCACGCAGGAAUUGCAGAGGCGGGCGCAGCAGAGGAACAUGAACAACGCAGCCAAAAUGGAAGCGGGAAAGGAGAAGACUCUGGAGUCCCGGAAGUCGCAAAAUCCGGAAGCUCUGAGGGCACAGGAGCAGAAGGUUACUCAUGAUAAGCUGAUGGAGGAGUUCAAACGUGCUCAUCGAAAGAUGUUCAACACCGCGCAGCAGAAAGUCCAUUUCUCCGAUCAGACGCCGGAGCAGGAGCAAGAGAAGAGGGUACUGAACACGUCGACGGCACCGGUCAUCCCGCCAGCGCCCCCGGUACCACCGGCGCCACCAGCACCGCCAGCGCCGCCGGCACCACCGCCACUUCCGCUCCUCACCAAGACCAAGAGCAGCGAGGACUCCGUGGAGAUGCAGAGCAUAGAGUCUUUCAAGCUGAAAGAGACACCGAACCCAGUUAUCCCAAAGCCCCCGCCAACCUACUUCCCUAUACAGAACUCCACGACCACGUCGAACGGAAGUCCCCGACACGGGACCGCAAACAAGCCGCAGAUGAACGGCAAAGAGUCCUCGCCGAGCCCCGUGCUGGAAACCCCGAAAACAGCCGCGUUCCCGGCGCCUGCGAACGCUCAGAACUUGAAACCAACCACGGGAAAGGUGGCCAUCAGGAUAGGCGCUUACGAAGGAGAGGCUAAACAGCCGUCUAAGCUCGACUUCCUGUCGCAACAGUCUCGAUCGGAUAGGAACGGCACGGAUGAACUGGCGAACGGACCAGUGGUCUCGAGAUUGCAGAACGAACUUGCUGCUACGCUACAAAGAUCUAACCUAAGAAGAAAGACUGACGGGGAAACGCAGCCAACCAUUAAACCGAUCCCCGAAAACACAGCAGUGUCCAACAACGAGACAACGAACCCGGAGCCCGGAAAGUUGGCUCAGAGCAACGUCGAGAAGCUCGCGACCGCUCUGAGCAACAAAGUCACCAUCAAAGUGAACCCGGAACAUAAUAAUCGAUAAAAAGCUAGCUUUCGUCUAUAAAACAAAGUAAAAAAGAAAAAAAGAAAAAAAAGAAUAAGUCGAAACGAACCGUUUUAGGAGUCCACCAUGUACCUCUGCCACUUUGUACAUUUUUGCACGCUCUUUAAACUUACAUCGACAUUUUAUUCUAGAUGAAAGAGCGCUCCCCCUAUUGGUGAGCUUCUUUUUUACGUCUUUUACCUGUACGUCUUUUUUUAUAUGUUAUUUAUUAUCGUAUUAUAGCGAGUAAGAAGUAAAAAAAGGCUAAAGAAUCCUUAAUUAACCGAAAUGACAGGCGCUGCGACACUUUUUACCACGUAGGCCCGAGUCUUUAAAAGAAACUUAGUCCCCUCC